GCCACAUUUUUGGAAACUCGCAUAUUCAGCAGCAGCAGUAUCAGUCGUACAAUCAGAACAUGCCUCCCUUCAGCAGUCCCAUCAAGAAGGCAUUUCCAGCAGUUAUAUGCAAUCAUAAGGAAAUAUCAAGUCAAGGUUAUAUCUGUUUGCCAAAAAAAGGAAUAUGGAUCUACACGAAGUGUAGUCCGUAGACUUGGGACAAUUCUUUCCUUGGAGCCCUGCCCGAGACCUUAUUUUCGACUUCUUCAAGACCCAAGUCCAUUGAGUAAUGGUGAACAAAGCACAACUCCAACUCCUGUAGCUCCAUCACUUUCUGAUGUCCUGUGGGUGGCAAAUGAUGAGGGACAAGCAUCUACUAGACUUAGGACUGAGCUAUGGAGAAAAGAAAAAAGUACUGCUUAUUGUGACCUACAUCCAUCUAUAGAUGCAAUACAAAGUGUUCCAAAACACUGUACACAAACAGAUGGUCUUGUUGAUCAAGCAGCACUCCAGAAAAUUUCUGCACUUGAAGAUGAGCUAACAUUUCUUCGUGCUCAGAUCGCUGUGAUUGUUUCAGCGCAGACUUUGGGAAGCAUUCCAUCACAAGCCUUUAAAACAUUCAGCACUCCAGAUGGAUUUUACCCAGUGCCAGCCAUGACUUCUACGCCAUUGUCUGUCUCUCACAAUCACUUUGUAAUUCCCUCGCCGCCUCCACUUCCUUCUGGUGUAUCAUCUGGUGUUGAUGCUAGUAAUGCAGCAGUUGAACUUAUAAAACAACGUCGUGCUGCAAGAAACAGUGUUUCAGCUGCCGCUGAUAGUGCUGAUCACCAGAGGACAAAGAGCAUCCCUAGUAUGAUGGAUGUUUUGAAAGACCUAAACAAAGUUCAGCUGCGAGCUACUGAGAGGUCACCUGGAGGUACUCCUCUUUCUAGACCCAAAAAGAGGCAAAGUUCGAAUUGGGAUCCAGUUGCUCUACUAACUCAUGCACUAAAGCAGAAAUUUGCACAUAAAAUUGAUGAUGAAGAUGAUUCUCUGGACAAAGAAAAUCAAUCUUUCGAUAGCUCCCCAUUUUCUAGUCCAGAGAUGCCAUUGGUAUGUUUUAAUAUAAGAAUGUUUCUAUAUUCUUGA